AUGCCGCCAUGGCAUGGAAGGAUGAAAAGCAUACAGACUUCUGCUAUCGGCAUGUUCAUUCCGUCUGAGCUUUCGCGCGCGUUACUUCAACCUCUUUGCCAACUCACCCUGGCGCUAACCACUGCAACCUCAACUCGGCUACAGCAUCACUUCCCCAGAACCCUGGUCGAGGCAAAGGAUCAUUUACUUCACUCAACCGAGAUGCGCCAAUUCAGCGCCCUAGAGAUCUCGACCUCAUCCUUGUCGCCCAUCUCAAAAGUGCAAGGCAGCCAGUAA